AUGUGUAAAGUCAAAGGAUGUAACAUGCCUAUUGGGAACCGUACAGAGAGUGUUGGUUCAGCAUUGUAUAUCUAUUGGGAAUGUGCCAAAAAGCAUAUAGCAUACAAGUGGUGUUCCCAGCCUGUGCUGAACAGACGCCUACAUGGUGGUGAUGUGCAAAUAGCAUCAGCUAUCUUGGCAUCAGGGAACAAUUUCUCAAAAAUUGCCUUAUUUGCAAGAUUCUUGAGAUUACAUUUUUUAGGAACUGUUAAAUUUUCAAACAUCCAAAGGACUUAUGUGGUACCCACAAUCAACUCUUUUUGGAAAGAUGAACAGAUGGAAGUCUUUCAUCAGAUGGAAGGCCAGAGUAUUGUUGCUUUAGGUGAUGGCAGAAAUGACAGCCCUGGACACUCGGCACAAUACUGCACCUACACCAUGAUGGAUAAUUCCACAAAGAAGAUUGUGUCCAUCAUCACGAUGGAUAAGAGAGAAACUGGCAAGAAGAGCCCCAACAUGGAAAAAGCCUGUUUCGUCAAAGCAAUGGACGAGAUUCAGGAUAAUUUGAAUGUGGAAGAAGUUGUAACAGAUGCUCACCUGCAAAUAGGAGCACUGAUGAAGAAUAGAUUCCCAGACAUAAAGCACUCCCAUGAUAUAUGGCAUGCGGCCAAGAAUCUGGGAAAGAAAGUUGUGGCAGCAGGACAGGCCAAGGAGUGCAGAAGUUUGAUUGACUGGAGCAAAGACAUAGUCAAUCACUUCUGGUAUACAUGCUCCUCUGCUACAGAUGUAGACAGUUUUCUGGAGAUUUGGUGUGGAAUUGUACAUCAUGUUGUUGAUGAACACGAGUGGGACAUGUCUUAUAGCAGCAACUACUUUGGAAACACCCAAUGCAAGCAUGGUCCGCUUGAGGAUGAACAUAAAGAAUGGAUGGUGAAAGGCAGUGCAAGUCACAAAGCACUUAUUAAGAUCGUUUUUAAUAAACGAUUCUUAAACCAAAUUCAUUACUAUUUGAAUUUUAGGAGUACAGCAGAAUUGGAGAAUUUUAACAACCUAAUUCUUAUGUACAGUGGGAAGCGGUUUGCUUAUUCACCCCCUGUGUAUCGUGCCAGGAGCCAGCUUGCAGCCCUGGAUUAUAAUGCUAACGUUGACAGGGAGGUGAAAAGGAAAUCGGAUGGAACCAUACAACAACACAGAACCUUUAACAAGAAAAGUGGAAGAUGGAGUGUGACCCCUGUCAAAGUGGAGAAAAAUUAUGAACAUGUUCACAAGCUGAUGGAGAGCAUAGUGGUUGCAAGACUGAAUGAUGAAGAAGGCAUGAGUGGACCGGUUGUGUUGGGAGCAGAUGACCCAAGGAGGCUAAGUAAAACCAUCGCUCCUACUGAACCCAAGCCAACCGAAGAGCUUCUCCAGGAGAAAGUUUCCAGAUUUCCUAAGUAG